AUGCCCCCCCCUGCGCCCGGGGCCCGGCUCCGGCUUCUCGCCGCCGCCGCCCUGGCCGGUCUGGCCGUCAUCAGCCGAGGGCUGCUGUCCCAGAGCCUCGAGUUCAACUCUCCUGCGGACAACUACACUGUGUGUGAAGGCGACAAUGCCACCCUCAGCUGCUUCAUUGACGAGCAUGUGACCCGUGUGGCCUGGCUGAACCGCUCCAACAUCCUGUAUGCUGGCAAUGACCGCUGGACCAGCGACCCGCGCGUGCGGCUGCUCAUCAACACCCCUGAGGAGUUCUCCAUCCUCAUCACCCAGGUGGGGCUUGGCGAUGAGGGCCUCUACACCUGCUCCUUCCAGACCCGCCACCAGCCGUACACCACUCAGGUCUACCUCAUUGUCCAUGUCCCUGCUCGUAUAGUGAACAUCUCCUCUCCAGUGACAGUGAAUGAAGGGGGCAAUGUGAACCUGCUUUGCCUGGCCGUGGGGCGGCCAGAGCCCACAGUCACCUGGAGGCAGCUCCGAGAUGGCUUCACCUCCGAGGGCGAGAUCCUUGAGAUUUCCGACAUCCAGCGGGGCCAGGCCGGGGAAUACGAGUGCGUGACACACAACGGGGUUAACUCAGCGCCCGACAGCCGCCGCGUGCUGGUCACAGUCAACUAUCCUCCGACCAUCACGGACGUGACCAGCGCCCGCACGGCUCUGGGCCGGGCCGCCCUUCUGCGCUGCGAAGCCAUGGCGGUGCCCCCUGCGGAUUUCCAGUGGUACAAGGACGACAGACUGCUGAGCAGCGGCACCGCCGAGGGCCUGAAGGUACAGACAGAACGCACCCGCUCCAUGCUCCUCUUCGCCAACGUGAGCGCCCGCCAUUAUGGGAACUACACGUGUCGCGCCGCCAACCGGCUCGGAGCAUCCAGCGCCUCCAUGCGGCUCCUGCGUCCAGGAUCACUGGAGAACUCAGCCCCAAGGCCCCCGGGGCCUCUGACCCUCCUCUCUGCCCUGGGCUGGCUGUGGUGGAGAAUGUAG